CCUCGUAGGACCACACACACACACCCCCUCUCUCCCUGAUUAUCAGGUUAUGCUCUCGUGUCGUUAUAUAUAUAUAUAUAUAUAUCGCUGUGCCUACACACGCACACACAAAUCCUCAUCUCUCUAGUCUCUCUCUGUCUCUCUGAGCAGGUGAGAGAGAGUAGGGAUUACUGUGGUUAAUUAAUAUAUAAUAUAAUGGGAUUUGAAAGAAUAGUGUGUGUUAUUAUGUUUCUGUGGUUAGUACUGUUAUGGCUUUCUUGUUGUGGCUCCUCGUCGUCGUCUCUGGAGGGAGAUAGAAUAGAGGAGUUGCCGGGGCAGCCGCGAGUGGGGUUCAGUCAGUUCUCCGGUUACGUGACGGUGAACCGCCGGCAUGGGCGAGUUUUGUUCUACUGGCUCACUCAGGCCACCUCUUCCCCUCACAGCAAGCCUCUUCUUCUCUGGCUCAACGGAGGGCCUGGUUGUUCAUCUAUAGCAUAUGGGGCAUCAGAGGAAAUUGGUCCAUUCCGGAUAAGCAAAACUGGUUCUUCUCUAUAUCUUAACAAAGAUGCAUGGAAUAGAGAAGCAAAUGUCCUCUUUCUUGAAUCUCCUGCUGGUGUUGGUUUCUCCUACACAAAUACAAGCUCGGACCUCAAGACUACUGGGGACGAAAGGACAGCUCAAGAUGCUCUGAUUUUUCUAAUUAGAUGGAGGUCAAGGUUUCCACACUAUAAAUACAGAGAGUUCUACAUCGCUGGAGAGAGCUAUGCAGGGCAUUACAUUCCCCAGUUGGCUAAGAAAAUCUAUGAUUAUAAUAAAGCAAAGCCCCAGAUCAUUAAUCUAAAAGGGUUCAUUGUAGGAAAUGCUUUGACUGAUGACUACUAUGAUGGGGUUGGAACUAUCACAUAUUGGUGGAGCCAUGCUUUGAUAUCUGAUCUCUCAUACCAAUCAAUCCUCAAAUACUGCAACUUCACAUCAGAAAAAGCUUCCAAAAAAUGUGACGAUGCAGUGAGUUAUGCGGUUAACCAUGAAUUUGGAAACAUUGAUACAUACAGUAUUUAUACCCCUCCAUGCCGAACAUGGCAUAACAAUACCUUAAGGUAUAUACGGUUCAAGAGUACAAUCUUACAUAGGAUUUCAGGGUAUGAUCCAUGUACGGAAGAUCAUGCAGAGAAAUAUUAUAACCGUCCUGAAGUGCAGAAAGCAAUGCAUGCGAAUGUGACAAACAUCCCUUACAAAUGGACUGCUUGCAGCAAGGUGCUCAUAGAAAACUGGAUGGAUUCUCCAGUUUCUGUAUUGCCAAUAUACAGAGAGUUGAUUGCGGCUGGUUUAAGAAUAUGGGUUUUCAGCGGGGACACAGAUUCAGUGGUUCCAGUAACAGCCACUAGGUUUUCCCUCAACCAUCUCAACCUCACCGUUAAAACUCGUUGGUAUCCAUGGUACUCAGGUGGACAGGUGGGCGGAUGGACAGAGGUGUAUGAAGGGCUAACCUUUGCCACUGUGAGAGAAGCUGGACAUGAAGUACCCUUAUUUCAGCCCAGGCGAGCACUCACACUCUUCAAAUCUUUCUUGGCAGGCAAGGAGCUACCAAGAUCUUAAAAGUUCAAAAUGUUACUAGUGAAAAAGUAAAUAUCAUCAGUUAUAGUACAAGCAAUUGCAUUUGGUCCCAUGCAAACAAUGGGUAGAGCAGCCUUAAUAAGAAAUUAGCAACAAUUCAUUCAAGCUGUAGUUUGUGGUUUGUAAACGCCAUUGAAUUCACUUAUUGCCCCCAAUAGUAAACGGGCAAGCUUCAUGUUCAGACAAGAAAUUCAUUGAAUGUUGAGAUAAUGUUUGUUCCCAAA